UUGAUAAAGUGACAGACUGAUUUUUGAAUGUCGCUCGAUAAGAAAUUCUUGCGGGUUAAGGUAUUUAAUGUGUUCAUCAUAUUCUCAGAAUGGAGUAAUAUUUGGUGUUGAUGAUGAAAGUAAUCACACUAAUUAAAAUUCUCACGUAGCCGGAUAAAGAUAACCUCAGUGUUAAAACCCGGAUACUGGUAACUGUAAACAAGUUGGCCGCUUGAAGAAUUUAGUGUGCAAAUAGUUUCGCAUGUGAUGGGAGAUAGAGAUUGGAGACCGUUUAUUUAUGGCGGCUUGGCCUCGAUCGUGGCGGAGUUUGGUACAUUUCCAAUUGACACAACAAAAACCCGUCUCCAGAUCCAGGGUCAGAAGAUAGAUCCUCGACAUGUGGAGCUCCGCUACACCGGCAUGGUGGACUGCUUUGUGAAGACUUCCAGGCAGGAAGGAAUCAAGGCAUUGUAUUGUGGAAUAUGGCCGGCGGUGCUGCGGCAGGCGACGUACGGCACGAUCAAGUUCGGGACGUACUACUCGCUGAAGAAGGCGCUGGGCGCGCGGCGCUCGGACGGCGGCGCGGCCGAGCACCUGCCCACCGACACGCUGUGCGCGGCGCUCGCCGGCGGCCUCUCCAGCGCCAUCGCCAACCCCACCGACGUCCUCAAAGUGCGCAUGCAGGUGGGCGACGAGAAGCGCAACCUGGUGCGGUGCUUCGUGUCCAUCUACCGCGCGGAGGGCGUGGCGGGGCUGUGGCGCGGCGUGGGGCCGACGUCGCAGCGCGCGGCGCUCAUCGCGGCCGUGGAGCUGCCCGUGUACGACGCGUGCAAGCGCCGUCUGCAGCCCGCGCUGGGCGACGCGCCGCUCAACCACCUCGCCUCCAGCCUGCUGGCCAGCCUCGGCAGCGCCGUCGCCAGCACGCCGCUCGACGUCGUGCGGACGCGGCUAAUGAACCAAAGAAACGUGAAAGACUCGCGGGGGCCGGCGCAGAGAAUAUAUCGGGGCACUAUCGACUGUUUCGUUCAGACGGUUCGCAACGAGGGUUUCCUGGCGCUGUACAAGGGGUUCGUGCCGACGUGGCUGCGCAUGGGACCCUGGAACAUCAUCUUCUUCCUCACGUACGAGCAGCUGAAGCAGUUCUACUGAGCGCGCCGCGUCUCUCGCCUCCUCGGCGCCUGGCUACCUGCUUACAAGAUACAAAGGUCGGCAUGGCGCUCGUGUCGGCUACACUAGCGCCAUGCGGCAGAGAACCGACAUUGUGAUGUCGGCUUUCAGAGCCUUGCUUUAUUCACAUAGAAUCUGCGUAAUUAUAGCCAUUGAAGCACAACAAUGGGAUUUUCUUGUGUAAUGUGGAGAUGUAUCUGUUAUUUUGAUAGAUGGAGGUGUAACGUUUGUAUGAAAAACUUUCCACAGUCGCGAUAAAACAAGGUAAAGUGAUUCUAACAUAUUGAAGUUUGUUAUAUAUUGUAAAAAAUGUAUAUUACGAUCUUUCAUAUAAAUAAAUGAAAAUGAAAUAUAAAACGGCUCACAAACACUGUGUCCGCAAAGAGUAGUUUCGAGCAGUCGGGACAGAACUCCUAGAACUCCUAGGCGAGUUCAAGGAGGGUGCGUGUAACUUACGUUGGUAACUACGUCGCCAACAAGUACUACGUCCAUGAUAACGUCUGCAGUCUGUGCAGUGCUUUCGUUGUUUUGUCGUUAAGAAGAGUCCUCGUUUAGGCAAGAAAUUACUUGUUCUACAUGUUUAUGUAACUUUCGAGACAUGAAGUUACUCUCCCAGGUCAACACUUUUACCUAAUCGAAUCAUUUUGAGUUUUAACCGUUUUAUAUUUCGUUAAAAAACUGUUUAAUUUAAAAUAAUUUCAAGUUAUUUUGUCUCACUCUUUUCUGCGACAUCAUUAGAGUAAGUUUACAGGUACAUAGUACCAACUAUAUAUUAAGGACACUUCUUUGAGUAAACACUAUGUAUAUUAUUAGUACAUAGAGAUAUAGUGUACACUGCAAUACCCUUUUUUAUAAUUCUCAACUGUUUUUGAUGUGAAACAUCUAUAGGAUCACUUGU